GUCAAAACUGUUUGAAACAAGUUUGUUCCUGUUGAAUUUCGUUCUGUGUGCUUUACUUUUGAACUUAUUAUUCCAAUUUAAUUAAACUAUAACAUUAUAACACAAUGGCAGACCACGACGAUUUUGAAGAUAGCCAAUAUCCAGACAACGACGAGUUUGUGCCAUAUGUGACGGCCGGUAACCUGGGAAAAAAUGGCGCGAAAGUCACGCUGUGGGGCAAAGUGACGAAAGUAACUGCUAGUGAAGGAUUCUAUGUGAAAACCGUAGAUGAUCAGGAGGUCCUUAUCAAAUUAAAGCAUCCUUUGAAUGAGCCGCUAGAAGGCUGGUACGAGAUAUAUGGCGUAGUUCAUGGGAAGGCGGUGAUGUGUGAUGAAUAUAUUCCAUUCCACGAAGAAAUGACGAAGAACAUCGACCUCGAGGGCCACAAAGCGCUGGCGAGGUUGUUAGUGGCCAUAGACGAACCUUGGAAGUUGGGAGAUGAAGAAACUUCCGUAAAAAGUUCCAUGUCAGGAGUUGUACCAAUGGAAUGAAACUACCGGCUGUUGAUAAGAGUUUUAUUUCAAGUGUCCUCUAUUGAGUGAUAAUUUAUAAGGAAACAUUUGAUUUGUAUUUGUAACAGUGUUGUAUUAUACACAUUCCACAGUUCUUAUUCUAAUACAUAGUCAGAUUGUGAAAGUAAAUUAAAUGGAUCCAGCUGAAUUCUCCGUCUGAUCUAAAUAAAUUAUAACUGAAAUAAAUAUGUUUAAUCAUUGUGAAUUCAAUCAGUAUGUAGAUAUUUGUGUACUGUUGAUUAUACAUUUGAAUAAGGAAGGAACCCAUGGUAUUUAAUUAAAGUUACUUUUAACUUACUUUCUUAGUAUAUGAAAAUCUACAUCGCUGUCAUCCAAAUACUAUAAAUUUUAAUUCAGUAAAGAUUGUAAAAUCAUUCAAAUUGUUAUGUGAUUGUUUGUAUCCACUGGUUUAAUAUAAGUUUUUGCCAAUUGAAUUGGUAUAUUGUAUAUAGUACAUUUUCUAAUAUAAGGUAUUUUUUCAUAA